CAGGCGCCGCCUCCAAUUCUGUUUACUUGUUGCUCCAGGAGACGCACCCAACCCCGGGGAGGUCCGCGUGCUACAGUGCUCUUGCAUCGUGGGUCCCAGCAGCAUCUCCCAGUCCAGCCAGCAUGAGCCACAGCAGCUCCGGGAGUCCAGAAUGUCCCCGCAACUUCUCACCGCCAGAGGGAACUGCUGAUCAUCGCCCAGAAGUCCCUGUUACCCUUGAACAGCUGAACCACUACCGGAAUGUGGCUGAAAAUGUUCAAAGUGAGCUUGCAGCAAUGCUGGUCAAAUUUGAAUGUGCUCAGUCCAAGCUUCGAGAACUCCGCUCCAACAUACUCUCUAAAGAAGCUUGCUGUCAGGAGCUGAAGGCGGAAAUGGAGAGCUAUAAAGAAAACAGUGCCAGAAAAUCAUCUCUCCUCAUCUCUUUGAGGGGCAGAAUACAGGAGCUCCAAGAAGAAUCAGCAGCGUUUUCUGCUUCUAAAACCAGAGCAGAGGUCUCUGCUCACAACACGAUGAAGGAGAACCAGGAGCUAACGAAGAAAGUUCUAGAACUGGAUGAGAAAUUACAAAACUGUUCAAAGGAAAACGAAGAGUCUAAGAAACAAGGCUCAGAGAAUCUCCGGAGGCACGAGGAAUUUCGGGCUCAACUUUGGGAUUGCUUGAGUCUAGACAAGAAGUGUGAGGAGGCAUCGGAUGAGGAUUUAAUUUUAAAGCUUAGAGAGCUGUGCAAGGAAAACACAUUCCUGAAAGGACAACUCAGUACUCUUGAAGAGACCGUGACCGUCCAUGAGAUGGAGGCAAAGGCUAACAGAGAAACCAUCAUGAGGCUGGCGGCCGAAGUCAGCAGGGAGCAGACAAAGGCUGCCUCCUGGGCGGAGGAGAAAGGCAAGCUGAAUCAGGACUUGCUCAGUGCUGCCGAGGCGAGAACAGCUCUAGAAAGGGAAGCUAAGCUCUACCAAGAACGGCUGCUUGCGUCUCAGCGAGCCUGGGAUGCUUCGAAGCAGGAGCUGACCCAGCUGAGGAAAAGCCGCCAGGAGCUGGACAUGAGCUUGAAGGCCAGCAGGGAGGCCGUCACAGCCUUGCAGAGCCAGAACUCCUGCUUCAGGAAGAAACUUGUAGCUCUUCUUUGCAGCAGAUUCCACAUAGCUGAGUCCACAGAGGACGCCAUAUUGGAGAGGAUUCGAGAGCUAGGCAUUGAGGAAGAGAGCCAGAAAAGGAUGGCCUCUCAGUUUGAAGCCCAGAUCUCGGAGCUUGUUGGAAAGUUGGGAAAUGAAUCUGAGUCUCACCAGAAAGCCCUACAGAGGGCCCAUGAGGCAGAAAAGAAGUUGGAGGCUCUUCAGGGUCAGCUGAGUCACCUGGAGGGAGAGCUGCUUUCUGGAGACGUCGUGAGAGACAACUUGUUUCUAGAGAAGCAAAAAUAUCUGAAGUUUCUGGACCAGCUGUCUGAGAAAAUGAAAUUGGGCCACGACGUAGCUGCUGACCUUGGCUUUGACAUGCGUGUGGAUGUAGUUCUAGCUCGCAUAGAGCAGUUAGUUCACCUUGAGAGCAAUGCUGUCAUUGAAAACAAGACCAUAGCUCACAACUUACAGAGAAAGCUAAAGACUCAGAAAGAAAGACUGGAGAGCAAAGAAGUGCAUAUGAACCUCCUUCGGCAGAAAAUUGCCCAGCUGCAGCAGGAGAAAGAGGCGCGCUCGGCCUUGGCCGUGGAGAGGGAGGAGGCCCACCUUACCAUGAGGAAGCUGGAGAAGAAGCUGGAGAGGAUGCAGAAGGAGUUGAGUGCGUGUCAGGAGCACAACACUGAGCUCAAAGCCAAACUGGCAGACACCAAUGAACUCAAGAUUAAAACCUUGGAGCAGACCAAAGCCAUUGAAGACUUAAAUCAAUCCCGAGACGAGCUGGAGAAGAUGAAGGAGAACGCAGAGAAAAAGCUCGUGUUGGUCAUGUCAGAGCUGGAAACCACAGAGCAGGAGGUUCAAGCAAACCAGGAAAGAAGCAGGGCCAUGAUAGAGUUGGCCAGCCUUGAACUGAAGACCCUGAGAAAGUCUCUGGAUGAAGCAGAGAGGAGAGGACAGCAGCUGGCAGACUUCAGGGAGGUGGUUUCCAGUAUGCUGGGCUUGAACGUGACCUCUCUGGCUCUCCCCGACUAUGAGAUUGUCAAACGUCUGGAAAGACUGAUCCAUUCACACUACCACCACCACCACCACUUUGUUCCCUGUGCCUGCCUCAAAGACACGGCUGCUGAGUAAGGCAGCUGCUCACAAUGCCACGUGGAACUUCCGCACUGAUCCCUUGCCUCCCCAAGGGAGGACCUGAGGGACGGGGCAUGGUUCUCCAGUUACGCGGUUUAUACAUUCCUCAUAGUUUUGAAAUUCAACCGUAGUGGAUGACUAGUAUAUUUUCUGAUGACUUAGUGAGCAUAUAUCAUGGGUGAAAAAGGUCUCCCAAAGGGCCAUCUCUAGGGCCAGAGAGAUGGCUCAGUGGGUAGAGACACUUGCUGCCAAGCCUGGCAACCUGAGUUCUAUCCUUGGGACACACAUGAUAGAAGGAAGACAAGUGACUUUUGUAAGCUAUCCUCUGACCUAUGCACAGCUUUGUAGCUUAAGUGUACACACACACACACACACACACACACAGACACACACAGACACACACACACACACAGACACACACACACACACAGAGUAAGCGAAUGUAAAAAAAAGUUCCAGGCCGGCCUAGAUAAAACCACCUAUUACUUCAUUAGCACAUCGAGACUCCAGGAAUCCCUAGAUUCAUGCCUAUAUUGGGACAUAUGUGCACAGAGUUCAGAAAAGCAGACCAUCUUAGCUAGAGUAUAACUAAUGAGCUUAAAUAUUAAGAUAACCAUGUGCAGAAGUUUUCUGAAAACGUUACUGAAAAUUAUUUUAUAUUUAGGUGUGUGUGUAUGUAUGUGUGUGUGUGUGUGUGCGCGCGCGCGCGCGCACGUGCCAGCAGAAACCAUAAAGAGAGUUAGAUUCUUUGGUAUUAGAGUUACAGGCAGCUGUUAAACACUUGAUGUGGGUGCUGGGAACUGAACUCAGGUCCCCUGAAAGAGUAGCAAGUGCUGUUAAUCAUCUCUCCAGCCCCACAAAAAUUAUCUAUCAUCUGUCUGUCUAUCUGUCUGCCUGUCUACAUCCAAUUUGGCACAUAGUAACUGGACCUGUUUAUAGAUUUCUGAAUGGCUUUCCCAAACCACACAUAUAAUGUGUAACCAUGAGAUCUCGGUAACACAGUAGAGUCUUAAAACAUUUAUUUACAUGCUUUCCAGGGCUCAGAAACAAUUGAACUAACUCAUUGUUGUGCAUGGUUAGUACGGGAGCCAGGAUGUACAAGAUAGAGGCUGUACCAUUUAUAACCUACCAUGUCAGAUUCAACUUGGUUCUGAGGCUGAUAGGAAUGGCUGGAAUAAAGGAAGGAAGGCAACCCGAUGAACAGGAGGAGACUUCUAAAGGCAACAGAGUUUAAAAAGUGACUCAUUUGAAUUGCCCACACAUAGGACUGAGGGAUGAUAAGAAACGUGUAUGCUUUUACUACUGCUUCAGAUAGUGGCUUUGAGAGUGUGAACAGGGCAGACCUCAGUU